UAAGAGAACUUCAGACUCUAGAGGUCUCCAUCCUUCAGCAUCCCCUCAGCAGCCACCCAGUCGCCCUCUCCUCCUCUUUGGGUGCUUUGUUUAGCGCAGGAGGAGAUGAGGAGAGGCUGCCCGAGGAGUAGACAGAGGGGAGCCCGAGACAAACGCGUCCCACGCCAGAACCACACAGUCGGUGGGCAACUUUGAUUUUUGGACGCCGCGGAUAGCCUGCGAUCUGCAUGACAAUGAAGAGAAGGAGCCACGUUUUCUCUUCUUUAUCUACCCCUUCCUCUCCUUGGGAGGCUUAGAUGCGUCAGGCGUGUGCAACAUACUAUACUACGUCCUUGGACUGAGACGCUCAAUGAAGAUUUAUUUCUCUGUGAUUUCGCUGCUCAGCUCGCUGAUGGUGCCGCCUCGCCGUGCUUGCGCUUAGGUCAGCCGAAUGAAUCCGAAGGCGGUCUGAGCGCAUUGUUUUCUGCUCCGUUGCAUUUGGGAUUUCCAGCCGUGAUGUCUGCAAUCUUGCGUUCUUUGUUUCUCGUUCUGUUCGGUCUGCUGUCAGUGGGUGCCCAGACAGAGAUGAAGAAAGUUGUUGGGGACAAUGCCACUUUACCGUGCCAUCACCAGUUUCCAGCUUCCAGCCCUCUUGACAUUGAGUGGUUGCUGCAGAAACCUAACUCAAAGCAGAAAGUGAUCAUUACUUUCUUCGGAGGACAGGUCUACACUAACGAGGCCGUUGGCAGUGACACCAGCCGCUUGUCCUUCGCUGGGGAGUACCUGGGCGGUGACGCCUCCCUGCUGAUCAGUGACCUGCUGCUGACCGACUCUGGGGAGUACUACUGUAAAGUCAAGACUGGGGGAAAGUACCACUGGAGCCAGGUCAACCUCAUUGUUCUGGAAAAGCCCUCCAAGCCAAGGUGCCGGAUGGAUGGAAAACUCUUGGAGGGCAAGGAUGUCAAGCUGAGCUGUAAAUCCAGCGAUGGUUCAGACCCCAUUAGCUACAAGUGGGAGCGAGUGCUUGACAAAGGGAAGAGUUUGGGCAAACUUCCAAACUUGGCACUGAUAGAUCUGAAGAACCCAGAGAUUGUCACCCUGAGGAAUCUUACCAUGGACAGCACAGGCGUCUACAGGUGCACAGCAAGCAAUGAUGUGGGAGAGGAAAACUGCACCAUUGAGGUCACGAUGCAGCAUGUGAGGGAUGUUGGGACGGUAGCGGGAGUAGUGGUGGGAAUCUCCCUCGGUGUCCUCAUUGUCAUAAUAAUCAUCUGGCUCGUCUUCUGGAAGAAAGAAAAAAAGAAGUACGAAGAGGAGGAGACCCCAAAUGAGAUCAGGGAAGAUGCUGAGGCUCCCAAGGCCAAAUUGGUGAAGCCAAACUCCUUAUCCUCGUCCCGUUCUGGCAGUUCACGCUCCGGCGCCUCCUCCACCCAAUCAAUGGUGCACAACAGCACCCAACGUGGCCACCGCCCACGUCCACCUGCAGUGGCAGCUCUCAAGGAAAAUGGACAGCCUCCAGGCUUCCCCCAGUCCCCUCCGGCUUACACCACAGUGGUGCCCCCCAAAACCCCUGAGCCCCCUGUCACUCCAAAAUUCAACUCCAGGAACAUGUCUGGACCCACACCCCCAACUCUCAUGGUCCCAGCCCAGACCAAGGCCUUUCAGACUGUGUAGGCCUGAAAGUCACGCCCUUUCCUGCAGCCAUGUAAGACUCCGACCCCUCCCUGAAGCCCCAUAACCCUCUCUCCCAAAGACUGAGACUCUUCCAUAAACAAAGAAAUGCAACUAGUUUAAAGGAUGUAAUUAAAAGAGUCAAUACUAUAAUUCCAAAAGUACUUUUAAUGAAUGCAUAACUUAAAGGGUAAAAUAUAAGACAUGCUUGCCCCUACUGAUUUAAAAAAAAAACAAAAACAAACAAAAAAGCUGAAACCUGAGAUGCAAAACGAUCCCAUGGCUGAAGGUAGAACUUUUUUGCUGCAUUUCUUCUUUUUGCUUCAGAUGGCACAGAGAAGCACCAUGUGCAUUGAGGUGGAAGGCGCCCCCUUGAAGAGCUUUAUUUAUUUAUCAAAUCAAAGGCUUAGGCAUGCAGUCAGAGUGAGAAAAGGAAACUAAAAACAUACUUACAUUCACCAUCCGUUAAACAAGAUGAAUUUAAGUAGGGCGGAAAAGAGGGGAAAAGUGGUAGACUGUCUGGGAAGUUGGGUUUUUGUUGUUGUAAAGUUGGAGACCAGGGAGGAGGGGUGAUUCUCUGAUUUAUAUCACUCUUCACCUCUAUCUGGCUGCUUCCAACAACUUGCUCUAAAACCACAAACCGCUUUGCCUCCCCCCAUGGGCCUGGCCAAUUUUGCCCAUCCAUGUGGACAGACACAGUGCGCAGCGUGUGCAUCAUUCGCCUCAUUGCUUUUGGUCUUUUGUGUUCUCGCAGAGGAACCGGUGAGAAACCACAGACUAACUCAGCUGGCUCGUGAACGCCUCAUCUGCUUCACUGUUCAACUGUCUUAGGGCGCGGGAGGGACUUCAGGAACAAGGAUGUAGCAUUGACAGUCAAAUCAAUGAACUUGUUAUCGUUCCUCCCACAUCUACAUUGUUAAACUCCUGUACUGCUACCAAAUAUUCUCCUAAGUACUUAAGUAGCAUUUAUUAGACCUAUAGCGAUUCUUUAAAAAUAGAGGUAAGCAUCUAUUAGAACAGCUAGAAUCUUUGUUUGGUUUUGUCUCUGUUUCCUUUUGUCUCGUUUUCCUGUGUGGGUUACAAAAUGUCAAAGGCAGCCAUGUGUCCAGUCCCUCAUUUUAAGAAGUGCCACCAAUGCCCCAGGAUGGGUUGUGAUUGGUAUUUUUUUCUUAUCAUUUUCUUUUUGUUUACCAGCUACAUUUCUGAACUGAAGCCAAAAUUUGUUGAGAUGAAUGUGUGAUUUACAAAGAUGGUGGAGUCUAUUAUUUUCAGCCUCCUUCAGGGUACAAUAUCAAACUAAGGCACAUGACUUUCAAAUUUUACUCUAGCUUGUCUUAAGAUGGGGAACAAGGAGUGUGGCUCCAGAUAAAUCUAAUACUCUCCUUGGAUCCAUAACAGCAGUGUGGCACUUGAUUGUUGUUUCACCCAAUCACUUGCUUGGUUAAUGCUUGUUGCCAGCAAGAAACCUAGUUGUUGUAUCCUCUAAGACACAAAAUGCAGUUUGACUGAAAGUAGCUGAAAACAGGGCAAGUAGCCUAUCUAGUGUGCCUUUGAAAUCCCUCUCCCUUUAGAUGUUUUCUUUUCUCUUUUCUAAACCCCUCACCACCCCUCUCCCUUGGUCCUUAUCUUCAGUGUACCAGCGGUUAAGUCUCUGUUCACAUGAAACUUUGAGGGUCACCAGCAGGAAGCCCUCCAUAUCACAAGAACUGCCCCAGAAACGGAUGCAGCCGAAGAAGCACCAAGCAGAGUGAGUGGUGAGAAAGCAAUCCCAUGCCACAAGACUAUUUACUGUACAUUAUGUAAUCAGUCUUGUUUUAUAUUGUACAUAAAGAUAGCUAUACGCACAUGAUGUCAGUUCAACUUAAAAAUAAGGGUAUGUCAGGAAAAUGCUUCCUCACAAAAUAAUGCCAAGUGAGAAAUCCAAAGUGAAGUCAAACUGUCUUUUUCUGAAGUUACAAAUGACAAUGAUACUAACCCUAAUGUGAACAAACAUUUUAAAUUUGUGGAUCUGUACAAGGCAAACUCAUAUGAACCAUUAUAACCACUUCCAAUUUACUAUAUAUUUUUUGCUUCUGAAAAAAAACAAAAACAACUAUUUAUCUAUAGAUUCUUGGACAAGUUUUAAAGGCCACCAUUGUGUUCAAACAUGACAUGAGUUAGUGACAGUUAAACUUUGCUUUGAAAGUAAUUAUAGAGAUAAAAUGUCAUCUCAUUAUAAAAUAAGAACAUAGACCUCGCUUAUCAUAUUAACUUGGUUAAAAGUUGAGGUUAACAUAUAGAAGGUGUUCACCAGUGAGAUUGUUUGCAUUGCUGCACAAAUCCAAAUAUAAUUUUAAUACAAUUUAUUUUGCUACAUUUAAAACUUAUUUCCAUCCAGACAUAAUCUAGCGCCUUCAACAUACAAUUAAAAUUGUAUUCUGAAAGGUGAACUUUCAAUGUUUCUUAAAAUGCAAACUUUCACUGAUCACACAGAUGAAUUUGCUAUUUGAUAGGCUGUAGUUUCUCAGCCUUUGGAAAAUUUCUAGUUUUGUCUUGCUCACAUCUGUAAUCAGAGAAAUAAUUCAAACAUUUCAAACAAUCAGAAUUAUUAGCGGGAAAAACAAAGCUAAAGGAAGAGCUAUGUUUAUCUUUAUCCUGUAUUUCUACAUUUAAUUAUUUAUUUGUAUUUUUUUUUUUUACCAGGGUAGCUAUCAGAGCCACUGUGUCCUAUUUGCUAUUUGAUAGCCUAGAACUCCCAUCAUCCGUGGCUCUGCAUCAUUAGAGCAAAUUUGGUCAUGUUUCAGGUCUAAAUCUGCAACAUCUGCCAGGAAAGGAUGUGUUGUUUGAUUUCACACAUUGGAUUUCACACAUGACUUAACCACAGAGGUAAUUGGGAUUUUUUUUAUUUAUUUAUUUAUUUUUUUGUAUUAUUUCACUAAAAGCAGCGCGUCAUAUUCGACCAGGAAGGUUACUCUAUGUCUGUAAUAGAGGAGUUUUGAACGUGCGUACUGACAUGUCUGCAAAUACACUUGUAAUUGUGUGUGAACGUGUAUGCGUGGGUGUGUGCAUUUAAAUUCAGUAUUUGCCCUUGGGACACACCCACACACUCUGAUGUUACCCAUUCAAUGAGGGCGAAGGAUGCAGUCAAGCAAGGGAACUCAUUUUUAAAUGUACAUGACUGAAGACCGGCAGUGUUGAUUUUAGCUUUUGCUUAGUUUUAUAUGCCUUCUGAACUUUGCUUCACAGGCAGCAGUCAUGUUUUUGCUUGUGGGGGUGGCGUCGCGAGACAAAGAGCGUUCAUAAUUCAUGACUCUCAUCAGCUCUGGAGGGGACUGGUACACUCCUGCUAUCUCUGUGCAGAAUGCACUUUGCCCAGGUUGUCUUUGUGGCAUCUCACCAAACAGACACACAUAGUUACAAGUUGUAUAUACAUACACAUCAACAGGUGCACGCAUCAUAUGCAAGAUGCAUAUGACAGUGCAGUUGUGUCCACACGCAAGCACACCUCACAGAAACUGACACCCUUUGCACAAACAAAAGCCCAAACAAGCAUUCCCUGUUAUUUCUGCUCCUUCAGAAUCAAUUUGAUGGAUCGAAUGUCUGGAGGUAUUACCGCUGACUGAUGGAGCCCGGAUACUAAAUGUGGCACAGAAUGGGUUGUGGCAUCACUCAGAGGACAUGUGCACACACUUGCAUAAAAAAACGAUACAGUAAGAAAACACACACACUUGGAAGCACUCGCUAAAACAGACACUGCUGUGCAUCUUAAAGAUCUUGACAGCAUAUGCUGAAAGAUUUUUUCCCCAGCUUGGGAAUUUACAAGAGUGGUACCGGGAAACAAGAGAGUUAUAACAGCAUUGGUUCUGAGCCAGGGCUGUGGGCUCGUGUCAUUGAAAUUCCCUCCUCCACAGAUGAAAGUAGCAGUGGUGGUGGAGUGUGGGAAUCAAGUCUUCCAGCUUUAAAUUCCUCCAAGCUUUUUUUGAUUUGCUUUCCAGCGUCGGCAAGUCUCAGGUGGCAGAUUCCCCAGUUUAUGAGCCCUCACCCUGCAUACUUCUUUGUGACCAAACAAACUCGCUCUUUUUCCAACAAAUGAAUUUUAAGUCGCUUUUGUCAUUUCAGUGUGCAUAGAAGGAAAAAAGUCUUAAUGCCCCACAGCUCGGCGUGUCGGCUCCAUAUGCAAUAAUAUCAGUCAGCAGCACCGCACAUUGUCUUGUUACCAAUACUCAAAGGUGCAGUUUAAUGGUUAAUGGUUAUCCUGCGGUAUGUGAUGGGAGAAUGAAUCUCAUGUAGCUACAGUGUUUUAUGUUCUGUUAGUCGCAUUUUAGUUCUAAUUAAAGCUAUUGAGCAGGGCAAUCUGUGGUUUGGCCUUGUCUGUCAGUAUAAGAGAAUGUGAUGUAUUAUUGCUUCUUAAAAGUGGAGAUGAACGAGGCUUGGUUCAGCCUCAAGGAAGUUAAAGAGAGAUUGUAAGAGGUACCUGCAUGUCAUAAGAUUGAGCAGAUGAACGGGAAUGCUUUGCUUUGAUGUAACAUAACUGUAAUCAACUAAAAGUAAUCAAAAAAAUCAAAAAUUGUAAAUAUAUCAACUAAUUGAUUUUUGAAGCUUUACUUUGUCUUUUUUUUGUUUGUUGGUUGUUUUUUUUUUUUUUAUGUUUAUCCAUGUACUUUGCACUUUUCAGUGUGCUAUGCUCAUCACCGGUGUGUGUUGAUUCUGUGUGGUCGGCUGUUUCCUCUUGACUGCGUUGUUUCAGUGUCAGGGGCAGACAGGCUCAGCAUGGCUCGACUAAAGGGAAAUGUAAAACACUUUUGUUUACUUUACUCUCAUCUGUUUUCUGAUGUGUAUUUUCAUUUUAGUUUUCUAAAAUAAUAAGGGAUUUUUUUUUCUUUGUUCAUUUGAUGAAAACAAUCCUUGUAAAUAUCAUGAGUAAAAAAUGUAUAUUUUUACGACUUCUGAGUUAUUACUCUUUCAUUUGCAAAUAAAAUAUUCAAUG